UGUCGCUGUUUUGUAGAGCACGUAGACCGAGUCUCUCCCCCUCGAAUCUCUUUUCAAGUCCAUAAACUCGGAUACAUAUAUGCCGUAUAUGUAUAUGACAGAAGAGAGAGAGAGAGAGGAGAGUUUCAUGUGCUUCUCUUUGGUUGCUUGAAAGAAUUUAAAGGUGCCUUCUUAACCCCUUUUUUUAUUUAGAAAAAAAAAGAAAGAGAAUCUGGGUCUCCCUUGUUUAUCUGAGCUCUGAGAUUUCCGAUCUCUGCACCAUCUUGUUCGGGAUCUGGGCGUUUUCGUGGUAAUGUGGGUCUGCUGAAAAAUGGAUUCUUCCGUUGAAGGUGAAUGUGGCAAACUGUGUCUGGACGAAAGGAUAGAACUCAUCCAUGCUUUGUCGAUGAAGAAGCCGGACGAGGCAUACAAGCGGUUGCAGUCAUGGAGCCGACGCGAGAUCCUUGAGAUGCUACGGGCGACGGGGAAUGAGAGGAAAUACUCCAGUCUGACGAAACCGAAACUCAUCGAGAACCUUCUGGAUCUCUUAUCUGGUCGGAGAAACUCUGAGGGAAAACAGAAAACAGACGGGUCCGAGUCUGUCUGCUGCAAAAACUCGGCCUGCAGGGCUGUUCUCGGGUGGGAAGGCGAGUUCUGCAAAAGGUGUUCGUGUUGCGUCUGUCUCAAAUACGACGAUAACAAGGCCCCGAGCCUCUGGCUGACCUGUGGCUCAGAGCUUCUGUCCGAAGGAGAAGGUUGUGGCUUGUCGUGCCAUUUGGAAUGCGCUUUAGAGCAUGAGAACUCCGGGAUUGGGAGAGACGGGGACCGAGGCAGGCUCGAUGGCGGGUUCUACUGUGUUUCCUGCGGCAAGGAGAAUGAUCUGAUCAGAAGUUGGAGGAAGCAGAUGACGGUGGCGAAGGAGACAAGGAGAGUGGACAUACUCAGUUACCGUGUCUAUUUAGGACAGAAGCUGCUUAGGGGCACGAUCAAGUACCGGGAACUGUCGAGUUUCAUGGACGAAGCCAUGAUGAAGCUCGAGGUCGAUGUGGGACCGUUGCCUCUGAAGAUGGCGGCCAGGGGAAUUGUGAACAGGCUCUCAUCCGGACCAUGUGUCCAGGAGCUGUGUUCCUCCGCACUUGCCUCUUUGGACAAAAUGCUUUCACACUCUGCUCAAGAUCGUGUGGGCAUAAGAGUGGAAGAUGUCCAAACAAGAUCCAUCACCUUCAGUUUGGAUUGUGAUGACUCUUCUUCUUCCCCACAAACUGCGAUUAGGGGAUUCAGGUUGUUCUGUCGCAAGUCGACGGACCAACGGUACCUGACUCAGCCGACUUGUGUUGCCUAUCUACCUGAUAUUAAGGCUACCAUUACAGGACUAGACCCUGCCACCGAGUUCUCCCUCAAAGCCGUAGCCUUUAAUGCCGGUGGGGCCAUUGGUGCAUCCGAGCUUCAGUUCUCAACAUUGGGAGAAGGAGAUGAAGCCUCUGACCUCAAAAUUUCGGAGAGAAGCCAAAGCCCUUUGACAAACUCUAGCGGCCUUUCUAACCCGUCUUCGGUGGACGAUGAAUUGAACAACAUUGCUGUCGGGAGAAGUGGCAAGAUGGGAGAGUCUGACCUAGAGGAAGGGGGACUUCUGGUAGGUCAAUUCAAGAAUACCAAAAGGCAUGACAAGCGAGUUCAGGCAGAAGGCGACUUGCCUGUAACUCCACGCAAGACAGAUACUCAGGGUAAGAAAAAACGGACUAAGAGAUUCAAAUCAGAUACCGAAACAGGACCAACGAUGACUGAGGAGUGUGCGAAGCGAAGUACAACUACUAAAACAAAAGGGUAUACAGAUAAUAGGGUCUAUAAUGCAAAUGGAGUGCCAGAUAAAGAUUUCGAGCAUAUUGUGAAGACGAUCAGAUGCUUAGAGCAAGAGGGCCAUAUAGAUAAGAGUUUCACAGAGCGAUUCUUGGCAUGGUACGGCUUAAGAGCUACUCACCGGGGAGUUAGGACCGUGAAGCUCUUCGUAGAGACAUUCAAGGAGGAUCUUGCGUCUCUGGGAGAACAGCUUGUGGAUACAUUCUCAGAAUGCAUAGUGAGCAACAGAUCAACCGCCGUCGUGCCUGCCGGAAUCUGCCUCAAGCUCUGGCAUUAACUUUAGGAAUUCUAUCACAUAGUCCUGUGGGUAUAAUUGCCCAUCUGCAGCUCUAAUAGUUUCCCUUUUCAGUAUCAUUAAACAGCAAAAUUAAAAUUUCACAGCUAUUACUAUUAGAGCAAUCAUUACGAGAAGAUCCUAGUUUAGAGCUGCUUUUCGACAGAAAAUGCAUGGUAAAUGUACAAUGUUUAAGCAUCUUGAAUCCUAAAAUCAACAGAGCUAACAGAUAUGAGAUGUUUCCAUUCAAAA